AUGAGCCGAAGGAAAAAUUUGAAUUCUGAUGAUAUUCAACAGUUUCUCGAAAUUCCUUCCGGUAGUGAAGAUGACCUGGAACUGUCUGAUGAGGACAGCGAUGACGACUUGAUCAGAAUCCAGGAUUUGGUGUUGAACGAAGUGGAGACGUGCCCUGAAGUACUACAGGAUGAUUUAUUCGAUGAGAACGUGAGCAUACCUAGUCCAAGAUCAAGCAGUAGUAUGUUAGUGAUUCAGCCAACAAGCGGUUCUUCUAACACAGCCAACGUUGCAUCACAACCUAGUACUUCCAGGCAAGUAAAUCCUAGAUCCAGCCGAGUAGCAUCACGACCUCAAGCAGUACCUACUCCCCGCAUCAUUUCACCUUCCCCACAGCCUGUCAGGCCUGCCAGGCCAAAACCUAAGAGAGAAUACAUAUGGCGGAAGAUGGACUUUCAGCCACCUGAUACCACAUUUUCUGGCGUUGACGUGUUGGAACAACCAUAUACUACAUUUGAAACACCUUUGCAGUACUUUUUGCACUUUUUUGACGACGAUUUGUUGGAUCACAUUGCUGAAGAAUCUACUAAAUACAGCAUACAGAAGGAUUGCUCAAAGCCAGUUUUGGUUACAAAGACGGAACUCAAAAAAUAUUUAGGCAUCUGUCUCUUGUUAGGACUGGUGCCACAGCCAAACAUUCGCAUGUUGUGGAAUUCUAUAUUAGGUAUACCACUCAUAAUUGAAACGAUGACACUCGGUAACUUUGAAAAAUUACGAAGUGUCAUACAUUUCAAUGACAACAUAAAUUACAAACCUAGAGGAGAGCCAGGACACGACAGACUUUUCCGUAUUAGACCCUUAUUGGAAACAUUGAGAAAGAAAUGUCAAGCUGUGCCGAAACGAGAGACACUUUCGGUGGAUGAGCAAAUGUGCGCUACCAAAGCCUGCAACUUCCUCCGCCAGUAUCUCCCGAACAAACCUCAUAAGUGGGGAUACAAGUUAUUGGUGUUGUGUGAUGAUAAAGGUUAUGACUGA